CUUCUUAGAUCUGAUGUUUCAGCCAACUGACGUCUGUUUCAUUAUGCGGUACAGCUUUAGGAUCAGCGAUUGUUAUUGAAUUCUUCAUGGUGUUUUCUCUUGGCUUGCUACUUCUAUUUUUCAUAUGCAAAUGUGCAUUUGUUCUUAUACAAGAAAAGAGGAAGCAUGACGUUCAGCAUAUUGAGCUCUCUGAGCUUCAAGGUUCUCAUAAACGAAAUUCAAAUACAGAUUGUUCUGAGGAUGUGACUGACUUCACUGGAUGCUGUUCAAGCCCCUUCUUUCUCAGUUGUCAGCCUUCAAACUUUCGUCAAGGGUCAAGCCAUCAACUUGGAAAUGUAGAAACUGACAAGGAUACACAUAAUGUCCCUCAAUCUUCAAGUGAUAACCAUCAGGAGACUCCCCUACCUGGCCCCAUGUCUGUUGCUUCUGGGAAGGCUCAAACUGAAGUCGUAUAGGUACAGACAAUAGCUUGACAAAUAUUCACUUGAUGAUUCUUAGGCUUUUGUGUGUAGAGACAGCAAAUGGAAUUGACUAAUUGUUCUGUCCAAUGGGUAUGCUGUGGUUGUACCCUAAUGCUUAAACAAGAACGCUGAUUUUUCAUUUUGGUUCCUAUUGUACUAAGGAUCCAAAAGAAAAAAGGAAGGAAAAGGAAC